AUGAAGAAAUCGUCCUCUAGCUCUUCCUCGCAGGAACCGUCAGCAAAAAAACACAAACCAAAUGAUGCCAUCGAAUCCGAAACAACCGACGGAAAGCCGGUAGAUUACGUAGCGCAAUUCAAAGCCGAUCGCUUGAGUACCGCGAAGUCCAUAUUAGAUUUCGAUUUCAAAAAGAAACGAGUGCGUAUCCUUUCGGAUGCCAAGUUGAUUGCCGAGAAUAAAAGUGGUGUUCUUUACUGGAUGUCACGAGAUGUGCGGGUUCAGGAUAAUUGGGCCUUUUUGUUCGCCCAAAAGCUGGCACUUAAAAAUGAACUUCCGCUACAUGUGUGCUUCAAUUUGGUGCCCAAGUUUCUUGACGCUACAAUUAGGCAUUUCAAAUUCAUGCUUAAGGGCCUGGAAGAAGUGGCGGCUGAGUGCGAAAAAUUGAACAUCCAGUUUCACUUGCUGCAAGGCAAUGCGGCCCAAAAUGUACCACAGUUCGUGAAGAAACAUAACAUCGGCGGAGUGGUGUGUGACUUCAGCCCAUUACGAGUGCCGACAAAGUGGGUGGACGAUGUGCAGAAAUCGCUUCCACAGGAAGUACCUCUGUGCCAGGUAGAUGCGCACAACAUUGUUCCGGUUUGGGUUACUUCUGACAAAUUAGAGUACGCCGCUCGUACGAUCCGCAAUAAAGUGAACAACAAUCUUGCCACAUUUUUGACAUCGUUCCCGCCGGUAAUCAAACAUAAGCAUACUGCGUCAUUCAAAGGCAAUCCAGUCGAUUGGAAGAAAGUACUCGAAACGCUAGAAGUCGAUCGAUCGGUCGACUCCGUUGAAUGGGCCACGCCGGGCUACGUCGGCGCCGUAAAAACGCUGGAAAGUUUUGUCGAUAAGCGCUUGCGGAAGUUCAACGAAAAACGGAACGAUCCCACCGAGAAUGCACUCUCCAAUCUCUCGCCAUGGUUCCACUUUGGCCAGAUUUCGGUUCAGCGGGCUGUUUUGACCGUAAAGAAGAAUGGGAAACGAUUCAGCGAGAGUGUUGCUUCGUUUUGUGAGGAAGCCAUCGUGCGGCGCGAACUGUCGGACAACUUUUGUUUCCAUAACAAAAACUAUGAUAACCUUAAAGGAGCCUACGAGUGGGCUCAGAAGACGUUGAACGACCACCGCAAGGAUAAACGAGUAUAUUGCUACACGCGGGACGAGCUUGAAACGGCCAAAACACACGACGACUUGUGGAACUCGGCUCAGCUACAGAUGGUAAAGGAAGGCAAAAUGCACGGCUUCCUGCGAAUGUACUGGGCGAAGAAAAUCCUCGAAUGGACCAAAACGCCUGAAGAGGCGCUCGAAUCAGCCAUCUAUCUGAACGACCGGUACAGUCUCGAUGGACGCGAUCCAAACGGGUACGUUGGCUGUAUGUGGUCGAUCGCGGGUAUCCAUGAUCAGGGCUGGAAAGAGCGCGAUAUAUUUGGAAAGAUUCGAUACAUGAACUACGAAGGCUGCAAAAGAAAAUUCAAUGUUAAUGCGUUUGUUGCUCGAUAUGGAGGCAAAGUACAUCAUCGCAAGCAAUAGUAACACGCAUGAGCGUAAAUCUAUUGACAGACUUAUAAAACUCAGUUUUUCAGUAUUUCUGCUACGCAUUUUGUUUUGUUAUUUUGAAUGACACGAAAUAAUACACAAGGCA